AUGAGUGAAGACCAGAAUAUUCCUGUCGAGUCUGCGGGUACGGGCGACUGCCCUCCUGCGAAACGACCCUGCACCAUCGAUACGCCCCCCAUUACAGGAACGCCCGAUGAUGGGAGCGAUUUCUACAACACACCGUUGGGUGCAGCGACCCCGGUGACCAAGACGGGGCUUGAAAAGGCCGUGUCUGUUACUGAGACUUCUGUGACCUCUCAACCAGCCCCCAUGAUCCCUGGAUUGGGCUUCAUCAACAAUCCCAACGGACAAUCUACAACCAACGAGCCCUCCCAGCCUACGGCCGCAGCAACGCAAGAGCAGGAUGCCAUAGCUGCUUCGCCAGUGACGGUCAACACUAGUAGACCGGAUAACCGAGAAGAAAUUGUUGAAACCAAUGGUCAACAAGAGAAUUCUGGAGAUGCCAUGGAAGUCGACGAGAAGCCCGAGCCUGCCACCCAGGGAGAAACAAAUGGAGCAUCGACUGAGCAGCAAAACAACACAGAGGAGCAGGAGCAGGAAGGGGAACACCCAGAAUGGGAGGUCGACUCGGAUCCUUACGAGUCUUCAUCUGACUCUUCAUCAUCCUCCGAUUCCUCCGACAGUGACGACGACGACUACCCGAUCCUUAGCCCCGAAGAACAAGCCCGGAUCCUGAUGCUUGCCGAGGGUGGCUCAGACGAUGAAGGAGGAGACAAGGGAAAAUCAGGGGGAAAGAUUCGCUCAACCAACGAGGUCGACGAGGACGUCUUGCCGAUUCCCGACGUCUACAUUACACCCGAAAUGAAGAUUGUGCUGCUGGGCAAGGUCCAGACCGCCAUCGAGAAUGCAGUCCUCAUCGAGGCCAGCACCUCCGGAGAAUACCAGGUCCUGGAGUCGGGCUCCUUGCUGUGCUCCGAGGAUCGCAAGGUUCUAGGAGUGGUGUCAGAGACCCUGGGCAGAGUGGAGAACCCUCUGUACACCGUCAUGUACAAGACAGCCGAGGAGGCACAGGAACGGGGCAUGGUGAAGGAUCUCCCAGUUUACUAUGCUGUGGCGCACUCUACCUUCGUGUUCACUCAACCGUUGAAGGGCAUGAAGGGUAGCGAUGCGUCAAACUUCCAUGAUGAAGAGAUCGCCGAAGACGAGAUUGAGUUCUCAGACGAUGAAGCGGAGGCUGAAUACAAGCGGAAGUUGAAACAGAAACGCCAGGAAAGAAAGGAGGCUAAGGAAGGCGGCGCUGCUCGAGGCAAGAAGGGACCCCCUGGCCCUUCAAAAUUGAGUCAGACUGAACUCAACUACGAUGAUGGGGCAGCCGAGGAUGGAUAUACACCUCUCGCCCGCCCCAAGAACCUCCAUGAGAUGAUGGGUGCUCGCGAGGCACCUGUCGAAGGAACCGAGCGAGGAGGACCUGGCUUCCGUGGCGGACGUGGCCGAGGCCGAGGCGCUGAUCGUGGAGGUCGUGGAGGUCGUGGCCGAGGAGGCAGUGGCCGAGGUGGAUCCUGGGACAGAGAUCAAGACCACCGGCCUUCCCAUCAGCAGAAUGGCAACAUCUCGCAAUAUGGACAGCAGGCUGCAACCCCACAAACACAGCCUCCAGCACCAUACGGCCAACCCGCGUACCAGCAACAACAACCUGCUUACGGUAUGCCUCAGCCAUUCGCUGGAUACCCGCAAUAUCCUCAGCAGCAACAACCUCAGUUCGGCCAAGGCCAAGCACCCUCGCAAUUCCCCUUCCAGUUCCCCUUCCAGCAACCAUUUGCGCAGCCGAACCCCUUCCAGGCCGUCCCACAAGGCGCCCACAUCAACCCUCUUUUCCUGGCUGCACUGCAACAGCAGCAGCAAUACCAGCAGGCCCAACAAGCCCCUGGUCAGGCACAGCCGCAAAACCAAGCGGCUAUGAACUUUGACCAGGUCAAAGCCCAGCUGGAUCUGCUACGGCAGUUGAGCAAUGGUAACCAGGGACCGCCGCCUUCUUCCUAA